AUGGGGGCGAUCCGGCCCAUCCCGCCCAAGAAGGCCGUCCAGUGGAGGGCAUACGACGGCCUGCUGGCUGGCAUCUUCAAGAAGUGCGUCGACACGUGGAGCUGGAUCAAGGGCGGCCAGGACUCCGUGAAGUUCCUGGCGGAGCUCAUCCAGGAACUCCGCGACUACGAGGACACGAUGGGCAACCGCCAGGGUAAGCGGAAGAAGCAGCGCACUGGCCCGGAGUCAGCGGCGGUGGUGGGCGGCGACGACGAGAUGAGUGACAAUGAGGUCGUGGUUGUGGAGGAUGACGAGAGCGCUGGCUCUAAGAAGGCCGACUGGUUGAGCUAUCUGGCCCAGUGUACUGCACCCAGCCUGCUCAGCCGCCCCGAUCAGCAGGAAGUGCACGGCAAAGGCGGUGACGACCUGCAGUGGACCUGGCCUGACCAGCCUGAGGAAGAGGAGAAAAGGGUCUACGCGGAGCGCAAGACUGCUGGCGAUUCAGACGAGGACGCUCAGAAGGCAGCUUCAGAAGCCGCGGCGACCAAGUCGAAGGCUCUGAAGGAAGCAAAGAUGGUGAAGAGCCAGGUCAAGAAGAACCAGCCACAGUCGGCGGCGGCGGCUAUCGAUGCUCCGGAAACGGCGCCUCAGAACAACACCCAGUACUACGAAGCGCUCAUCGACGCCGUCAACGUGAUCCUUCAGUGCCCCACCUUCGUUGACCUUCAGCCGCUGCCGAUCAACACCAAGCCGGGAGAAGACCAGUCAGGAGUUCAGGCAGUUUUCGACCCACGGGAGUGCAAGGCAGCAUUGACGAAGGAAGGAUGCUACAGGGCCGCGAUCAACUUGAUGUGGAUUGACCCAUUUGGGUCCACAACGCCCACAGUACCGCUCAGUGUGGAGAGGGUCCGGGAACUCGGGCAAUUUGCUUGUCCCGCCGGGGAUGCAAAGCACUUGACCGAGAACUUCACAGUCGCGGUCGACAGCCUGGACCAGGACAUGCUGGAUAGCAAGGGGAAGUGGAAGGCUGUGAGCCCGGAGGAAAUGCAGCACGCCCUGCUGUUCACCUUAGCGGAUGUCAUCAAAAACCAGGCGCCUGAUGAGAAGCUUGCUGCCUGGCGCCGGGUCUUUUUGUCGGCGCCGGCAGUGUUCACAGUGGUGGGCGGGGGAGACAGCUUGUACUGGCACAGCUUCCACCGGAGGCAGCAAGUGGUGCAGACUUACGACUCCCUCAAGAGAAGCGCUCGACAACUCGCUUUUGAGGUGACUGCCUUCAAAAACAAGAAGGAGUCCGAGGCUGGCGAGAGACUUGGAGUUAAGGAGGUGCAAGACAUCUUCCGGUCCAAGGCCCUCAUGGCGAAAUCCUCCGUGAAAGGCGACAUGGCGGAUGGAUUCGUGAAGGACUGCCUGUUCGUCUAUGAGAAGUUGCUCGUGGACACAACCUGCAACGAGGUGCUGGACAAGUUGGAGAGCAAGUAUGGCUUGGAGUCGCCAUUGAACUCCCUUCAGCAAUGGAUUCUGAAAGUGAUUUGCGACAUGGUGGAGGGAGGAGCGCUUGAGCGCGAGACCAUCACCAAGACCUACCUCGCUGGGACGCCCACAGCCGCAUCGCUGGUCGAGCUGUUGAAGCUGAAGCGAACUGUGGCGCAUCACUUUUUGCAGGUGGAGAUGCCACGCAGCCAGUUCGACACUCAGGACCUUGCCAAGAUCCACUCGAAGAUCAUGACGAUUUGCAGCUACCGGAAAUACGUGACCGCUGCUAACCUUGAAGGUCCAUCUGAAGUUCAAUGGAGGUCUUCGUUGAAGCGCUCCAGCAUGCUUGUGCUGAGGUUGAUCGAGGACAUCCUGUACACGACGACGCUCAACGGCCCCUUGAUUGCUCUUCUGAAGAAAGGAAAGGGAGCCAACCCGCUUGAGCUGCUCGAGAUCGAGACGUUCAGUCUACGAUGGAAGGCUUGCGUGGCAGCAAAAGACAAUGAACUAGCUGCAGAGAAAGCGCUCUACAAGGCGGCCGAGGAGGAGCAGGACGAGCAGGACGAGUGCACGAAGAUCGCGCAGGGCAGCGUGGCUCCGCAGCCUUCAAAGUACCCCAAGGGCUCGGCUGAGCAUUGGACAGCGACGGCAGCGCAACAGGUUGCGAUCUAUGUGUCGUUGCGGGCCGAGCCUCCAACCCAGUCUGCCGUUGCCCGGGCCGUAGGGGAUAGCGGCCUGAAUGGCGACCUCCGCGGCGUGCAGGGCAAGAGCGGUGUCAUGAUCCACUUUGACGCCAACCUGUUUGCAGAGGCCGCCAAAAGGCCUGACCGAAGGUUUCCGCCACUGAGCCCAGCCCUCAUGAAAAAGUUGAUCCACGGCAGCAUCAAGGGCCGCGGCGGCCUGGCGAACAAGAAGGUGGCAGAGGAUCACUUCGACCGUCCAAUUGACGGAGACUUCAUUUUCUUGAACGAUGCUGGGCGGAACGUGCUGGAGAGCCUCUUGGCGCCGUUCAAGUCGAAGGAUGGCAAGGGGGCCUUGGCGCACUACCUGGAGCACACGGAGAUCACGCUGUGCCUCAGCCAGGAGUCAAUGGAAGGAAAGAAGAAACUGAACCGCGGCAUGAUCAACCAGAUUCAGCGCUGGCACGUGAUCAGCACCGAGCCCAUGAAAGAGAUGUACGGAGACAAGAUGAUGGGCGCAGAUUCUGCCGAGGACCCAAAGGAGAAUGAAGAACAGCAGCGAGACGGUGACUCUUAUGAGCCUGCCUUCUUCAACCACUUGCCGGUGACGCUGUACUCAGACGCGUGCUGGAUUGCACGCCAGGCGCAGGAGAUCUGGCCAAGGCGGCCUUGCUGCGGAGGAUUCCUUACAUGGCCCUGA